AUGGCUGAAAAGCCACCCGAGGAGGAGAAGCCGGCGGAGACGUACCCGAUCAUGGCUCUAGCUCAGAAAAGGACCAUGCUCAUGGGCGAAAACUGCCCGGAUCGUGAGCGAAUUCGCUCGGAGAUUCUGGCGACUGUGCGUGAGAAAGGAAUGCUCCCCUACUAUGAGAAGUACCUGUGUCCAGGAGUCGUGGGGCCGCCGGAUGAGAGCCUCAAGGCUCAACUGCAGAAACAAAAUGAAGAGGAGCAGGCAACUCUCGAAGAGAAGAUUAAGGACGCCAAGGAAAAUCUUGGUGACAUCGAGAUUCGUGAUGCGCUCCUCGCCAAAGCGACCUUCUUCAAUCGGAUCGGAGACAAGGAGCAGGCCAUCAAAGGCUACGAGGAAGCAUUUGCGAAAACAGUGGGCGUCGGCGCGAAGCUGGACAACAUCCUCACUGUCAUCCGAAUUGCCUUUUUCUUUGACGACACGGCGCUGAUGAAGAAGCACAUCGAUCGUGCCAAGACAGAGCUGGGCAAGGGAGGUGAUUGGGAGAGGCGGAACAAGCUCAAGGUCUACGAGGGCAUCUACCUGAUGAUCUCCAGGAGCUGGAAGGAGGCUGCAAAGCUCUUCCUGAACGUUAUGCCCACGUUCACCGCCACAGAACUGGUGGAAUUCAAGGACUUCGUCUUCUAUGCUGUCAUAGUCGCCAUG